AUGUCCAACCCACGUCAAUAUGAUGGGUUUUCAUUUUUGCCCACAGAGCUAUUCGAAGCACUCCUGUCAUACUUAGACGUCGACUCGAUAAAGACUCUACGUCUCACAAGCGGAAAGAUUGCCAAAAGAUGCCUCGGUCCCCAAUUCUUAGCAUGCAUCCAACAACCUGUGCUCGAUGUGUCGUCGGAGAAUUUUCGGUCGCUUCUUGCCUUGUCUCGCAACCCGGAACUCACUACAAUCAUGGACAUCCCCGGAUUGGAAAAAAACGUCAAAGACGGAUACUACAUUAUCGAAAGGUCCCAUGGGCCCAUAUUUGAAAGGGUCGGAGUCGACUAUUCUCCCGAAGAACUUUGCAACGCCAAGAAAGACCUGAUCUGGUUGAAAGAGCAACAAGAAGCAAGAGAAAGGGACUCAUCGAGCGUGUUAAUUGGUCUCCUUCGAUUUGCAAUCGAACAGUUUGGUGAACUGGAUGCUAUCAAUUUAGAUAGUGCGGUUAUCCGCGGACGAGAGGAGAGAAGAUCGCUGAAGCAUAAGGAGUGGAUUCCGCUGUGGACACGAGCCGCAGAUGUCUUCUCGUGGGUAACGACUGCCCUGGCGCAAAGUAAGGCUUCGGUGAAGAGACUCGAUAUUUACCAGAGUAAUCGAGAAUGUGGUAUUCAAUCUGGCAACAUCAGGGACGAAAGCUUGUUGUAUGACCGAACGGAGCUGGAAAUAUCUUGUAAGGGGUUGGAGUCACUCGAAAUGAGCAUAUCCGGGGACAUACAGGAUGCUCUGGACUAUAACAAAAAAUUGGAAGAAGAAGACGAAGAAGACGAGGAUGAAGACGCAUCCCGCGAAGGGGACGGCCAAACAAGUCCUAGGAAAAAGGCUUGCACAUCUACGGAGCAUGAUUUGGAUGAAACACCCAAACUUCCAUCAUUCUUCCUCAUAUCUGCACCUGCUCUUCGAAAGCUCGAACUCUCAUUCCGUCGUACUGCUGCUCCACCCGAUUCCGAGUUCAUGCAUAAGCACAACUGGAUUAUUGACAGUAUUGCUCGGGAGACCAACUUUCCCUUAAUAGAAAGUUGCACCUUUGCCGGAUUUCCAGCCAGAGGUGAAUCAAUUCUUCUCUUUCUCGAGAGACAUCCUAGUCUCCAGUCCCUAAAGAUUCAUGAAUGUCAUUUGAGCUCAGGGUCAUGGACACCAAUAUUUGCUCAUCUGGAAACGUCGAUGCCGGAACUCCAGAACUUGAAUCUGUCGAACUUGUAUGGCAAACAUAUGCAAAAUCUGAAGUACGUACAAGGACGGGGGCGGAACACAAAUGACAACAGUGAGGAGAAUGCAGAGGAUGACUGGCAGGAAGGCGAUGGUAUGGUUGUUCUGCGGCCAAUUUGGGAUACUAAUCCCUUACCGCGUUGGACAAGGUACUCGUCAUCUAACGGGAGCGUUGUACACACUCGAAGCUUCACUCGCGAGGAAUUGAAAAAGGGACUUGUUUUUCGGCCUCUGGGUAAAGGGCCUGGGAGAAUUAAAGGCUCUCCUGAGUUUGCAUAUUGGAGAACCUCUCGGAAAGCACUUUAUGGGCCUCCUCCAUAG